AACAGUUUUAAAUUUCUUUUUUUCACGUGAAUUGCUUUUAUUUUAUUUUUUGUGUCGUAAAUUGAGUUUUAUAAAUAAAAAAUGAUGGUAUUUUUCUUCCUCGUUGCUGGCUUGGUAGCCACUUUGGCGCUCCUGUAUUUCAUGCGAACGUCUGAAGAACUCCCCAAAACAUGGCCUCAGUUCAAAACGGAGAUCAAAUUCAUCAUUGGAGGCAUAAAAGGUUGCGGCGUAGACAUCGGCUUGAAACAUCGCAACAAAAUAGCUCUGUACUCGCAACCAGACAAAGUAGCGAUCAUCACAGGUGGAAAUCGUGGGCUUGGAUUGUAUGUCGUCAAGAAAUUAGUGGAUUGUGACAUGACAGUUAUCGUUGGUGUUCGUGAUCCCGUGCAAGCAAAAUCUGCCGUUGAAAAACUCAUCGAUGAAAGCAAACACAAUAAGGUGCAUUAUGAGCGUUUGGAUGUGGGCUCAAUGUCGUCGGUGCGCCAAUUUGCAGCAAAAGUGCAGGAAAAGUUUACGAAAAUUCAUAUUUUGAUCAACAAUGCUGGCAUCAUGAAUGUCCCGUUGAAGCGCACCGAAGAUGGCUUCGAGUCACAACUAGCGGUAAAUUAUUUGGGUCACUUCCUCUUGACACAUUUAUUGUUGCCGCAACUGAAGGCAGCCGGCACGGAAAAGUGUUGUGCUCGCAUUGUAAACGUCAGCUCGUGUGUUUACCAGUUGGGAGAAAUUAAGUGGAGCGACAUUAAUUCAGAAAAGUCAUAUUACCCAGCUGAUGCCUAUUCGCAAAGUAAACUUGCUCAAAUGUUCUUCUCGCGUCAUCUGGAAGCGAAGCUGAAGGAAAGUGGCGCGCACGUACACAGCUAUGCCGUGCAUCCGGGCGUCGUGAAUACCGACUUGUUUAACAUCACUGGCAUGAGUGCCAUUCCGUGGUUCAGAGCGUUCUUUUUCAAGACACCCGAACAAGGAUCCCGUACGGUGGUUUAUGCUGCAAUUCAUCCCAAACUCGAAGGCAGAGGCGGUGGGUAUUACAGCAACUGCCUGCCGUUCCCACAGAAAAAUGGCGUAAAGGAUCCGGCACGAUGCGAAAGGUUAUUUAAUCUUUCUUGCGAAUUGUUGCGAAUUAAGGACUUUGGAGGAAUUUAAAGUCGCACGGGAGUUUGGAUUAAAAUUCUUCCACAAAAGUUAGGUGUUUCUUUCCAUUACUUCGAUUUUUCUUUUUUUUAGUUCUUUUUUUAUAGAAAUAAAAUGAAACUUUGAUAUAUAAAUAAACAAUUUAAUUUCCCCAUC